UAAUACAUACAUACGGCAAAGUUUGUUAUAUUAGUGACGCUUGUGUACGCCCAUGGCGAUGUAAACUUACAAAAAACACAAUUAUGAAAUUUAUCUGACAAAUCAGUUUUGAUUUUUUUUUUUGGUUUCUACUUUGUUGUUUUUUGUAUGUCCUCAAUCUUACAUAAAAUGUCUUUGAGUGCGAGCGCUGAAAAUCUUUCAACUGAUGCUCAGAGUUGUGAUGGUGGAUCUAUGUGCCUUGAAUUGGCGUUGGAGGGUGAACGACUAUGCAAAGCAGGGGACUGCAGAGCGGGUGUGGCCUUCUUCCAGGCUGCAAUCCAGGCUGGAACAGAUGAUUUGCGAACCCUAAGCGCUAUAUACAGCCAGCUAGGCAAUGCUUAUUUCUACUUAGGCGAUUAUACAAAGGCUAUGCAAUAUCAUAAACAUGACCUUACAUUAGCUAGGACAAUGAAUGAUAAACUUGGCGAGGCAAAGGCAUCUGGUAACUUAGGGAAUACUUUGAAAGUUAUGGGAAAAUUUAAUGAAGCAAUCCAAUGUUGCAAGAGACACUUAGAAAUAUCACGUUCCCUCGGUGAUAGACUAAGCGAAGGUCGUGCGUUAUAUAAUCUAGGCAACGUAUACCACGCACAAGGGAAACAGCUGGGGAGAGUUGGCCAAAAUGAUCCAGGUCACUUUCCACAAGAAGUGCGCGACUGUCUUCUACAGGCUGUUGCAUAUUACGAAGAAAACUUGGAACUAAUGCGAAGCUUAGGAGACAGACAAGCUAUGGGUAGGGCAUGCGGCAACCUUGGCAAUACUUGCUACCUACUCGGUGACUUCACCAGGGCAAUACGAUACCACACAGAGCGGCUGAGAAUAGCCCAAGAGGUUGAAGACAGAGCUGCCGAGCGCAGAGCCAACAGCAACUUGGGAAACUCGCACAUAUUCCUUGGACAAUUUGAAAACGCCGCAGAGCAUUACAAACGCACCCUGGCUCUUGCUGAAGAGCUAGGAGAUGCAGCAGUUGAAGCCCAAGCGUGCUACUCCCUCGGGAACACCUACACUCUCCUACGAGAGUAUCGCAUCGCUGAAGAGUACCACGCUCGUCACCUCUCAGCGGCCAGGAAGUUACAAGACCGAGUUGGCGAAGGCAGAGCAUGUUGGUCCCUGGGUAAUGCUCAUGCAGCGUUAGGGAAUCACGAAAAAGCGCUUUAUUUUGCCAAGGAACAUUACAAUAUUUCUAAAGAGCUCGGCGACGUUCUUGGCAUGGCUACAGCACAAAUGAACAUCGGCGAUCUCUGCAAAGUAUUAGGCCUUCCCGUUGACGCGACGCCAUCACCACCUCAGGACUCCGCGACCGCUCCCCACACACCGUUCAACGCUCUUCGUGUCAGACGACAGAGUAUGGAACAGUUGUCUCUGAUACAGAUAACUCCUGAUGCAAAGAAAAGAGAAGGUGAAGAAAAUAAUAAAGAAAGAGAGAUGAUCCGGGGCGAGUCCGAAGAAGGUGACAAUCCAAGUGAAAUGUUCAUGGAGCUGGUCGCGAGGUGUCAGUCAGACCGUAUGGACGAACAAAGAGCCAGCCUCGACAAAGAGAACAGACCGAGAAAGUUACAACGAUCUGCGAGCAGCGGUAACAAAAACCCGCCCGAUGGAAUGCUCGAAAUGCUGAACAUGAUUUCCAACCUACAGUCGGAAAGAAUUGAUUCCCAGCGUGCGGAAUUGCGGCCUAUUGAAAAGACACCCAAGGUGAGCAAGGCCACUUCUCUACCCGGCCUUCGCCCCCUACAGACUACCAGCUCCAGGCCUGAAGAAGAUUUUAUAGAAAUUAUUGCCAGAGUGCAGGGAUCCCGACUGGAUGAUCAACGUACCGAGCUACCGGCUUCGAAGCCCAAGGAACGUCCACAACUGGACGACGAUUUCCUCGCGUUUAUAAUGCGCGCCCAAGCCGGCCGUAUGGAAGACCAGCGCGCCAGCAUACCUUUGAAGGAAACUGCAGUGAACAAAGCCUCCAACUCAAAGAAGUAAACGGUUGCUGCAACGGCGCCCACAAUAGAUUACUUCCACUCUAAAGCUCCUGUGCACUGCUUCUAUAUAUUAUGAGUUACGUUUAUUUUGUAAUAUGAUAUCUUUGAUAGUUUUUGACGGAAGUAUGAGCGUGUUGCCAUUUAAAAAAAAGGAGGUAGUUAACAAUAUUAAAAUUAAAGUUGUCAGUCAAUUUAUCAAAAUUUAUAUGUAUGAUAUAUUUAGAGGUAAGGUUGUUUCAUACAGUACACGUACGAAUGUAAACUGCAUGUUUUAAAUUAAGGUCUAACUAUUCACUAUAUUAUUACUGACUUAUUGAAUAUUCAUAUAGAAAAUCUUAUUUCUUACAUACUUAUUGAUCGUUAAUUUGUUUGAAGUGAAACUUCUUUGGACAUAAUUAAAACUUUAGGGCCUAAUUCGAAUAUAACGUAUAAUAUGUAACAUCUGAGUGAAAUGUUGCUGAUACAGUAAUGUUUCACUUCUGACACGUGUGCCAAGCUGCAAUCGCUUUAAUUCUUUUGUUAUUUAUUGAUAAAAAAAAUCCAAUGCUUGUCUUUGUUGAUUUCAAUGAGAGAACUAUUAACAAUAUUUUUCUAUAAAACAUUGUUGCCAACUGUCGACUUGCCAUAAAAACGAAUUGAGAUUCCUUUAUAAAUUGUUUUUUAAUUAUUAUACAUGUUAAACAUUCCAUAAACAUUAUUUAAAUUAAUUUCUUUAUAUUAAAGUUGGCAACACUUUAUUUACAACUUUAACCCAUAAAAUAUUUGAUAUGUACUAAAAAUAUAUGAAUAUUUUGUACCAGAUUAAAAAACAAGAGCACAUGAUAUUGUCAAAAUAAUCUGGAUUCGAUUAGCACAAAUUACCAAAGAAUUAAAUAAAACAAGAAUGAAAUAAAUUGAAAAACAUACCCGACAAAGAUUAAAUUAAAAAUAAUUCACUCUUUAAAUGCUAAUGGUUAAUUAAUAUUCAUAACGAAAUAAUGAGUUUAUUUUCUUUUUAAUAUCAUUAAUUUAUGAAUUUGUAUGAUUAAUUUGAAUAAGAUUUUUUAAAUAUUUAAUUGGAAUAUAACUUUUAGAUUAUUUUUAUGUAUUCAACUGUGCUUUAUUUUUAGUGUUAAGUUUAUACUUAAGAUUUUAUAUCGGGCUAUCGGUUUAGGUGAUAAAUAUAAGUUAUUUUUAAUGGAUACUACAUACUAACGGUCUAUAUUUUAUAACAAUAGAAAUACAAAAUUAGCUAUCACUUUAAAUUUUCAAUUCCGUCGAUAUAUUUAAUAUUAAGCUCGUAUGAAUUAUAAAAUAAAACUUUUCAGAAAUUCAUAUAUGAAAAUUAAAUAAUAGAACAUAUUCAAAACAGAUAAAAAAUCAAAUUACUGUAUAAAUUUAAACUCCUUUAAUUAAACUUUUUGGAAUAAAAAGAGAAUGCAGAUUGAAUUAUUUAAAAAAUAAUGAUAACAAUAUAAUGUUAUAAUAUCAACAUCUUUGAGAUGAUUUAGCCGUCCUUUGAAAAAUUCAUACGAGUAGGACUACUUUCCAUAAAUUAUUCCUAUAAGUAUAUUGUAGUAUGUGCUUAUCAAUUUAUAUAUUAUGUAUAAGUUGAUACAAUCAUUCAGUACUGGUUUGAUGAUAAUUUAAUUCAUUUUACUAAGUAUGAACUUAUUUCCUCGAAUAAUAUUACUUUUAUAUAAAAUAUUUUUCGAAACGUUAAUAAAAAUUAAUGUCUUCACAAAAUCGCAAAUGUAUGGAGAACGUCAUGCGUGCAGUACAUCGGCUCUUAUUGAUAAUAAAAUUUAUACGAACGAAUAAUAUUAAAAAUAUAAUUACAAUUAAAUACCAAGAAUAUCAAGUCUUAUUAAUUUCAAUAUUAGCUUAUUGAUAAAACCACGAAAUUUCGCUGCGUGCUCAGUGACGCACCGACGCGCUGCAUGUGUGCUUGUAUGUCGGCGCCUUUUUUUGAAAAUUUAAAAGAUUUUUUAUAACCUUUAUUAUAUUUUUAAUUAAUAACAUGCAACGCAAAUUGUUUUAUAGAAUCAUUAACUUCUUAUUAUAUGAAUGAUUUAUAUCAAGUGACUACCUUGUACCCUACACGUCGAUCAUGUUAAGAUAAUUAAUAAGGAAAAAAAACUAAAUUGUUAAAUAUAUCAUAUUAAUUAGGCAGAUACAACUGGUUGUUCUUAUAUAAUUUGCAUAGCUUUAUUGCAUUUUACAUGCAUAUUGUCUACAAUCCGACAAUUAGCAAACACCUUUGUGUCAAUAGUAAUGCCAAAUUGUGGAUUAAAAACUUUGAAAAUGUGUAA